GAGGACGGGGUCGAGCGAGCGAGCGCUACCCAUUGGCUGGCUGACUGCGGCGCGCGGUUGAGGAAGACGGAGGGAGGGAGCGCGAGCCGUUGCCUAGACUGACUAGAUAGAAACUGGCUGGCUGGCGCGCGGACAAGGGAGCGAGCGAGAGUAGCUGAUUGGCUCCUCGGGCGCGAGAUUGAUUGGCUGGAGCGCGGACGAGGCAGCCAGCGCGAGUAAGCUGAUUGGCUGGGGCGCGCGAGCGAGCGAGAGUGUGAAGGAAGGAGCGCGCAACAGGAGGAGGCGACAGAGAGAGAGGCUCUCGCCUAGUCGCCGCGCCCCUUUCCCCCCUUCUUCUUCUUCUUCAGUCGGAUUCCAGCCGUCGCCGGGGCUGCUUCCUGCCUCUCCUCCUCCUCCCUCUCCCUCCCUCUUGCCAAAAAGAAAGCCCACCCUCCCCGCCUUCGCCUUCGCCGCCAUGAACCCCAGCUGCGCCCGCUGCGGCAAGAUCGUCUACCCGACCGAGAAGGUGAACUGCCUCGACAAGUACUGGCACAAAGCAUGUUUCCACUGCGAGGUAUGCAAGAUGACCUUAAACAUGAAGAAUUACAAGGGCUAUGAGAAGAAGCCAUACUGCAAUGCACACUACCCGAAGCAGUCCUUCACCAUGGUGGCAGACACUCCUGAAAACCUGCGUCUUAAGCAGCAGAGCGAACUUCAGAGCCAAGUUCGCUACAAGGAGGAGUUUGAGAAGAAUAAAGGGAAAGGAUUCAGUGUGGUGGCUGACACCCCUGAGCUACAGCGAAUCAAGAAGACUCAGGAUCAAAUCAGCAACAUAAAGUACCAUGAAGAGUUUGAGAAGAGUAGAAUGGGCACACCUGGUGGGGAGGGAGGGGAGCUGGAGCGUCGCAACUCCCAGGAGGGUGCCAACUACAGGAGGCCAGUGGAGCAACAGCCACAACCACACCAGCAACCUCAUCAUGCCCCGCCAAGUACUCCUGUUUACCAUCACCAGCCACCACAACAGCCAACCUCUCAGUCCUAUGGCUACAAGGAACCAGCAGCACCUGUUUCAAUACAGCGUAAUGCUCCAUCUGGAGGAGGGAAGCGAUUCCGUGCAGUCUAUGAUUACAAUGCUGCCGACGAGGAUGAAGUCUCCUUUCAGGAUGGUGAUACCAUCAUCAACGUGCAGCAGAUUGAUGAUGGCUGGAUGUAUGGCACCGUUGAGCGGACCGGCGAUACAGGCAUGCUUCCGGCCAACUACGUGGAGGCUAUAUGAGCCCCACACUGAUGUCACCCUGAAAGCAAGCAGGGGAGGGGUCUCAUGUGCUUCUUGUUCCAUUAUCCCUUCUCUGCUGUUUCUCAUCAAACGUCAAGUUAUUUUGUUCUGAACCUCUCACAUGGUCAUCUUUAUUCUUCUGCCAAAAUAGCUUUUUUGGGGUUGGGGUGGGGAUUUGAACUUGGAGUGGGAACAUGGCACUCUUUUUGUUAUUAUCUCAAAUAAGACUUUUCUCAAAGA